AGUACUAAGCGAGCAUUCCAUGUAGUCGAAUCUCUCGUUAAGCAGUCGUAGCCACUAACCUCGGGUUUCCCGACUAUGUAAACGCGGAUUUAAUUAUUAAUAACAAAAACAACAACGAUAGUAAACAUACAAAGCUAUAUAGGAGACAGACGAGCGCGUUUUAGUCGGAAAAGAUUAAAAAUAUGUGAUUUUAAAAGCAAGUUUCGUGAUAAUAUUGUUCAUAAUAAAUGUGAGUUGAAUUUUUUUUGCAGAUUUAAGACAACAGUAAAACGAUAUGAGUCUGGACCAACAUCAUGAGAACCUGGUAAACAAUAACAAAAGCCACAAGCCAUGUCAUUUGAAACAACCGGAAGUUAACAAUGCCUACGUGGACAAUUCCAACGAAGUUUAUUUCGGACACAGGAACAUAUUUCAGGGUCCUGUGACGAUAGAAACAGUCAUAUUUAAAGAUGUAAAGGAAAAUUUAGAUAAAGGAAAUACAACGGACGGUGGUAUCGCCAAAAAUCCAGAUGAAAGCACUAGGAACGGAAAAGAAGAAUAUAGCAAAUAUAAUCCAAAUACACCUUUUAUAGUAAAUGGUUUCCUCUGGAUAAAGGAAAAUGCCAAAAACCACAUGAAAAUUACUACAGUUAUAAUUAUCGUAGUCAUAUGUAUUCUUGCUAUUGCAAUAAUUGUACCAACAGUGCUACUGUCAAGGAAAAAAUCAUCCUUCAUACUGUCUCGUUCAGAUUGGGGUGCACUAGACCCAUCAGGUGUAACCACACCUUUGCCAACUCCAGUUAACUAUGUCAUAAUACAUCACACAGCAACGGAAAACUGUACAAAUCAGGAUCAGUGCAUAAAAAACUUACAGUAUAUACAAAAAUUUCACAUGGAGAGUCGAGACUUUUACGACAUUGGAUAUAACUUCUUGGUAGGUGGAGAUGGACAGGCUUACGAAGGAAGAGGUUGGACAGUAGAGGGAGCCCACUUAUUUGGAUAUAAUUCAAAAAGCAUCGGCAUAGCCUUCGUAGGCACGUUCAACGACAUAAUGCCGCCAAAACGUCAAAUCGAAGUCUGCCAGAAAGUGAUUAAGCAGGGCCUGGACUGGAGUUAUAUCGACAAAGACUACAAACUGCUCGCAGCCAGACAACUGGCAGGGACAGAGAGUCCAGGUGCCGCACUGUACGCUGACGUUAAAACGUGGCCCCAUUGGGUCAAAGAACCAUAAAAAGUCUAAGACUGAAUUGUUUA